ACUCAUCCAUUAUUAUUAUUAUCAACUUUCGUAUACUCUCAUCUCAAAAUACUAGAGUAAAAUAAAAGAGAGAAUUGAAGAAAAGAUGUUGGCAAUAUUUCACAAGGCAUUUGCACACCCACCACAAGAACUAAACUCACCAUCAUCAAACUACAAGCAAAAACCAAAGCACCCGCAAGAAACACUUCAACAAUUCCUGUCCGUACACCCAGGAAACACAUUCUCCAUGACAUUUGGUGAAUCAGCUGUUUUGGCUUAUGUCAAACCAGAUCACACAAAUAAUAAUUACCAACAACGUUUGUUUACUGGCUUUGAUGAUAUUUACUGUUUGUUCUUGGGCAGUUUGAACAACUUGUGUUCACAAAUAAAACAAUAUGGGCUUUCCAAAAAUACAAAUGAGGCCAUGUUUGUGAUUGAAGCGUAUCGUACUUUACGUGAUCGUGGACCUUAUCCUGCUGAUCAAGUUAUUAAAGAUCUUGAUGGCAGCUUUGCUUUCGUUGUUUAUGACAGUAAAACCGGCACUGUUUUUACUGCCCUGGGAUCGGAUGGAGGGGUGAAGUUGUACUGGGGGAUAGCGUCGGAUGGGUCGGUGGUUAUAUCUGAUGAUUUAGAGGUUAUUAAAGCUGGUUGUGCCAAGUCUUUUGCACCAUUCCCUAAAGGGUGUAUGUUUCAUAGUGAAGGGGGAUUGAUGAGUUUUGAGCAUCCAAUGAACAAGAUAAAGGCAAUGCCGAGGGUGGAUAGCGAAGGGGCCAUGUGUGGGGCUAAUUUCAAAGUGGAUACCUACUCCAGGGUCAAUUCUAUCCCACGCAGAGGAAGUGAAACUAAUUGGACUACUCAAUGGGAUAAUCAUUGCUAAUUAGUCAUUAGAGAUCUUAAUUAACUCUUGAUCUCAAUUGAUCUUCCAUUUUACAUUUUGAGGUUUUUUUUUUUGAGUGUGUGUGUUUCUUCUUGAAUGUAAAUAUUCAGUUAAUAAUUUUGGGAAUAAUCUGGCAAUGCUUUUAAUUAGUACGUACUAA